CCGUGCCAAACAGCCAAACGAAGCAUUUCAAAGUGUUGGGAUUUUCAUAAUUAAAUCUGCCUGCAUGCAAUGCUUCUUUUUCAGGUAUAGCAUCAUUCUGCUGGCUCUGGUGGACCACCGCUACAGGUUCCGCUAUGUCAACGUGGGAGCACCAGGGCGAUGCCACGACGCACACGUCUUCCGCAGGUCGGAGCUUGCAAAGGUCUUGGAAGGACCGUUGUUUCGAGCUCCGCUUGUCACUGUGAAUGGAGCUGUUGUGCCACCACUGAUCUUGUGCGAUCAGGCCUUCCCUCUCACAUCAAACCUCCUCAAGCCCUAUCCGCGCAAGGGCUUAAAGGAUAGUUCUCCGGAAGCUAGCUUCAACAAGCAGCUCUCGGGAGCACGAAGGAUAGUAGAGAACGCCUUUGGCAGAGUGAAGGCACGCUUUCGCUGCAUAAUGAAAAGAAUGGAGUGCCAUGUAGACAAUGCCAGGGUCAUCAUCCGAGCCUGCUGUGUGCUCAACAACAUCUGCGAGCACUUCAAUGAUGGGGUUGAGCCACAGUGGGUCACCGAGGUGCAGCUCUACGACCGCAUGUUCCUGCAACCUCUCUGUAGAACGGAUGUUGCCGCUGGAAAUGGACAGGACGUGAGGGCAGCCAUAGCAGCCUACCUCCAUAGGCGGAACACGCAGCAACACUCAACGUAA